ACGAAUAUUAAAUAUUUAAUUUUAUUUCAUAGCAAUUCACUUUCCAUUUAAUUGCUAUUAAUUAUAUGCCUAAAUUUGUAUACAACAGUUGCAAAUGAUACAAUAAUCUACUUAGUAAUCUAUGAUUUAUUUUUUUCACACCUAGGGAAUUUUUAAUGCAGUACAUGAGAAUGCAGCCAUAAAAUGAUAUAAUGAAAACUUAUUUAAUUUUAAAUUCUAGUAACUAAUAAUGUUACGUUAUCUAUACAUUUUUUUGUCCGUUUAGAAAUAACAUAAUUUUAAUUUUCUUUCAAUAAAAACCGAAUACGGACUGUCGAGUUAUAUAAACAACGGUGAGAAGCAUAGAUAUAUAACGUUUAUGGUGAAAACGACGCUACCAUGUGCAGUUUGAACUUUUUUGAACGCUGUUUUCAUUUGUUUUAAAUUGUAUAUAUGGAAAUAAUGUUUUGAUCUAUCAAAAAGUUUAAAUAAUAGGGAAAGUGCUGUGAAAAUGAAUGUCCAGUUGUUUGCUCAUUCUUACUUACGUAAUGAAUGAAGUAUUUACUACGAAACAGUUAAUCAAACCAUAGAAAUGAACUUGUGACAUUUACUCGAAUAUUUAAUUAUGAAUCAUAUUGUAAAUAAAUAGAAUUUAUACUUAUACAAACAUGUUCAUUUAAUAUUUAAGUAACGAAUUUUGUUAUAUAUAUACAUAUUUAUUUAUAUUUAUAUUAAAUUUACGUUGAGGUAUAAAUUAAUUGAAAUGAAUUGGAAUCAAAAAUUAUACAAAAUACAUUAUGCUUCGGUCAUGCGUAAACAAUUUAUAAAAGCUAUAAAAAGUUGAAGCUCAUAAUGAAGUGAAUUUGAUAUAAUGGAGUUAUAUCAUUCUUACAAUCUUCACUUGAAAUAUUGCCAAAAUAAGUUUCUAUUCUAAUGAAAUAGAACAAACAAAAUGCAAUCUCUUAAUAAAAUGCCAUCCUUCGGGGAUGAUACUUUACAUGCCUGUCUUCAAGCUGAAGUUAAAAAUAAUGACAGUGAUAUGGAAAAAUACUUUAAAGAUACUAUUUUUUGUUCUAAGUCAAUAAAUAAGUCGAUUGAUGUUGACGAAAUAAAUCAAUCAAAACAACACAGUAUACUGCACAGCUUAAUCGAGACAAAAGCCAGUUUAAAUAAAAAUAAUUUGGAACUCGAAGAACUUAAGAAAGAUACUAUUGCUACAAAAGAAAUAAAUAGUAAACCUAAUAUAUCAAAUAAGAUGAAACUCAGAAGUAUUACUUCUUUAAACAGAAAUCGUGAUUCAUCUAAAAUAGGAAAGGAAAAUAUUAGUUAUACAAAAAGUGGUUUUUCAUCAAAGACAAAUACGUUGUCAAAAAAAUGUAAAGAAUCAAAAGUGAUCUUAAGUAAAAUUAGAAGUAAUGAUGCAUAUAAUACAAUGUAUGAUACAACCAAUAGCAAAUCAUCUAACAGUAAUGUAACAGGAAGUAUUGCUGAAAAAUCAUCAGAAAUAAACCCUUCUAUUAUUACUAUUAGUACUCAAGAGAGACACAAAUUGGCUUCUUGGGGUUUACCACCAAAUAUUCUUCAGAAAUAUAAAAUACAAGGAAUAAAAGAUAUGUUUGCUUGGCAAGUAGAAUGUUUAUCAAAUCAUAAAGUCAUUGAAGAGAAACGUAAUCUUAUAUAUUCAGCUCCAACAUCUGCAGGAAAAACGUUAGUGGCUGAGAUUCUUAUGAUUAAGACAGUAUUAGAAAGACAAAAAAAAGUAAUAUUUAUUCUGCCAUUUAUCUCUGUUGUUAGAGAAAAAAUGUAUUACUUUCAGGAUUUGUUAUCCGACAGUGGGAUUAGAGUCAAUGGGUUCAUGGGUGGUGUUGCCCCACCUGGAGGAUUUUCAUCUACUCAUGUUGCAAUAGCAACAAUUGAAAAAGCAAAUUCCUUAAUAAAUCGUUUAAUGGAAGAAAAUGAGUUAAGUAAUUUAGGUGCUGUAGUGAUUGAUGAAUUACACCUUGUUGGUGAUCCAAAUCGAGGAUACCUUCUUGAAUUACUUUUAACAAAAUUGAAAUAUAUGACCCUUAGAGAUAAAAAUAUUAAUAUACAAUUGAUUGGUAUGUCUGCAACACUUCCAAAUUUAUCCAUGUUAGCAGAUUGGUUGGAUGCAGAACUAUAUAAAACAGAAUUUAGACCAAUACCCUUAAAUGAACAAUGCAAGAUUGGUAAAAAUAUUUAUGACAGUAAAUUACAUCUUAUCAGAAGUUUAACACCAAUGGCAGAAUUAACUAUGGACACAGAUGAUGUUCUUCACCUAUGCAUUGAAACAAUAUCAGAUGGACAUAGUGUACUGAUUUUUUGUCCAACGAAAAAUUGGUGUGAAAAAUUAGCAGAACAAAUAGCAGCUACGUUUUUUAAAUUAGGUCAAAAAAAUACACAACUAGGCGAAACUUUAAGGCAACAAUUAGAUUCUACAUUAAUCUCCGAAACAUUGGAGCAAUUAAAACGUAGUCCUGUAGGUUUAGAUAAUGUGCUAAAAAACACAGUUUCGUUUGGAGUUGCUUUUCAUCACGCUGGUCUUACAAUGGAUGAACGUGAUAUCAUAGAAGGUUCUUUCAGAUCAGGAUCUUUAAGAGUCCUUAUUGCAACAUCAACUUUAAGUAGUGGAGUAAAUUUACCAGCAAGGAGAGUAAUUGUAAGAUCUCCAAUGUUUGGUGGUAAAUUAUUGGAUAGUCUUACCUAUAAACAAAUGAUAGGACGCGCGGGUAGAAUGGGCAAAGAUACAGCCGGUGAAAGUAUACUUAUAUGUAAAUCGACUGAACAAAAAGCAGCUGAAUCGUUAUUAUCAGCUACUUUGGAACCCAUUAUGUCAUGUCUUGAAGAUGUAGAACCUUUAAUUCGAGCUCUUUUGGAAGCUAUAGCUAGUGAAGUUGUGUACACUCAAUCAGAUCUCGAGUUGUAUACGAAAUGUACAUUAAUAAAUUUAUGCGAUGAACAGAAUCCACAAAAUUGUUCAAACAGAGCAAUCAAGUUUUUAGUAAACAAUGAAUUCUUGUUAUUGCAACAAACAGAAGAAGGCCAUAGAUGGGUAGCCACAGCGUUUGGAAAAGCAUGUUUAGCGGCUUCUAUACCGCCUAAAGACGGUUUGUUUUUACUUGAAGAGCUUCAAAAAGCAAGAAGAUGCUUCGUCUUGGAUACAGAGUUACACGUGAUAUAUUUAGUAACACCUCUUAGUUCUGGAAAUCAGAUUGGGACUAUCGAUUGGAUGAUCUUUCUAGAAUUGUGGAAAAUGCUUUCAGAAAGUGAACGUAGAGUUGGCCAACUUGUUGGCGUGGAAGAACGAUUUUUAACAUCGGCUAUUAAAGGCGUCGUGCGGACGGGAAAAUUACUUAGUAUACACAGAAGAUUCUAUACUGCAUUGGCGUUGCACGAUUUGGUACGUGAAGUUCCUCUUAAUACGGUUUGUAAAAAGUAUGGUUGCUGCCGUGGAGUUCUUCAAAGCUUACAACAGUCUGCUUCUACGUUUGCUGGAAUGGUCACGCAAUUUUGUAAGCAACUCGGCUGGGAUUGUAUGGAAUUAUUAGUUUCACAAUUUCAAACACGAUUACAAUUUGGUGUAUGUAGAGAAUUACUAGAUUUAUUACGCCUUCCAAUGUUGAAUGGACUGCGUGCUAGAAGUCUCUAUAAACAAGGAAUUACGUGUGUAACAGAUUUAGCUGUUGCAAAUGAACUUGAUGUUGAACGUGCACUCUAUAAAGCACUUCCAUUUGAAAGUGAAAAAGGACAAGAUGGUGAACACGAAUCGGAAGCUGUGAAACGAAACAAGAUGAGGACAGUAUUUGUUACUGGGAAAGAUGGUUUAACCCCUCAUGAAGCUGCAGUUAUGUUAGUGAAUGAAGCUAGAGUAUUAGUUCAGAAUGAACUGAAGUUGCAGGAUAUGUCCUGGAAACAAAAUGAACAAUCUGUUAUUACAAAUGAAUCUCAUACUGUAACUAAUUCACGAAUACAGCAAGAUAUAUUUCAGAAUACAGAACGUAUUGAUAUACAAACGAGCAUUAAAAUGUCUACAUGUACCAAUUCGCAAAUUGAAGUUCACACAGAUAAGCGUGAACAGAAUUUAUGUCCAACAAGUACUCCAACUAUUGCUUCUGUUGAUGAAGAAAAAGACUUAUUUAGUAACAACUCGUGUAAAGACGAAAAAUGUAAAGUUAAUAUACAUACCAUAGAAAAUGACAAAGAUUUUGAAUGCACUUUAGAAAACAAAAAAUGUAAAGUUAAUAUAAAUGUCGUAGAAGAUAUUAAACAUUCCGAGUAUAAAGUGAAAAAAGAUGUAGUUGAAGAAGAUAUGAAUGAUGGUAUAAAACUUACUAAUCAGUUAUUACAAAUAGAUAUUCCAGAAUUUUUAGAUACUCCGACCGAAAAACUUUCUCUUGAUUUCUUCGAAGUCAGUAGUCCCAAAUUAAUGGAUAAUUCGCUAGAAAGGAGAGUCAGUGAAUCAUUAAUCAGUUUCAAAGAUGACAAAAUAAAUCGAACACAAAAUAUUACUUCUAAACAUUUAGUAAAUAAUAUACAAAGUCCUCCAAACACGAGUAAUAUAGCGACUAACAAAAUGAAACCCGCGAGUGAGAUAGAUACUGGGAUAUCAAUUUGUGCAAAUGCAAUUAGACGAUCAUCUAGUUUUGCAAAUCGUGAAAAACUAAGUAUUUCAAAAAGUCCCAGUUUAUUCGACGAUACUUUAAAUUUGGACACGCAAAUUUGUAAUGUUCUUGAACAAAAUAUCAUUGACUCCUUGCAUUUCUCAGAAUUUGAGGAAACUAAGUUGUCUGGACUCAAACUAGCAUCUGAAAGUAAAGUAAAAACAGAGUCAAAGGGUACUAAAAAUGUUAGUAAUGAAACACAGACAGAAAAAGUUGCGAUAGAUAAAGCUAUAAAUAAGAAUUCUACAAGUUUUUUAAACAUGCAAGUAAAGCACGGUACAUUAUCGUGGCAAGAUGAUUCUUGGAACGAACCAAUCAAAAUCACAGAGAAGUUAAAUCAAAUUAAUGACAAAAUUAAUGAAGUAUCUAUGAAACACAAUAUUAGACACGUAAAAAAUACAAACAUACAGCACAUUGUGGAGACUGCUGAAACGAGUAAUAAAACGCCAGACAUAAAGAAAAGAUAUGAUAUAAAAUUUAAAAAAUCUAUAGAUGUUCCCGAUGAUUUAAAAAAAAUACCACAAAAACGCAGAUUUAGUGAUAUAUCGACUGAAAAAUCACCCGUGGCAAAUGUAGUUGUUUUUUGUCAUAAUCGCACAGCAUCAUUAGAUUCGAAUAAGUCGGAUUCAGACAGUAUUAUUAUUGGUUCACAAAAUGUCAAUUCACCUGCUGCAAGUAUUAAAAUACGAGCGAAAUUAGAUUCUGAGAAGAAGCAAAAAAUAUACACUCAAAAAGUUUCGAAUCUCGUAUUGGAUGAUCUUACAAAACGUACAAGUUCUAUUUCAAAUGCAAUACAAAUCGAAAGGUGUAAGAUUAAACCAAAAUUGAAGGAAAUACUUGCAAACAGUAUACGAAGUAAAGAUUGUAGUACAGAUAGUAUGAUUUCAAAUUCAGAUGAAGAUACUCCUGUUAAAUCUGCAAAAAUCUUACAAAAAUCUAAACUCAGCAUUAAAAAGUUACAAAAAAAUUCUGAAACAUGUUUGCAGAAUAAAAAGCCUGUGAAUAACGCAAAUGAAACAAUGAAUUGGAAUACGUUAAAUAUUGUAAAAGUCGGGAGUGAUAGAGGAACGUUCAAUUUAUUUAAACGUGAAGUAAUGAAAAAACGAUAUAUUGCUUUAGCUUUGAAUUGUGAAAUGUAUAGUAAUGAUAUAAAUAAUAUAGGCUCUAGAAUUAUUAACUCUACCGAAAGGAAGAAGAGAUCUAAAAAAGGAGAAAACUAUGUUCACGGAGAUAAAAAGUUAUGUGGUGCGGCUAUUUCUUGGGAAAGCAAUAUUGCAUAUUAUAUUUCUUUCUCUAACGAGCAAGAUUUAAAAGUUCCAAGCAAAGAGCAAGUAAAACUAUUAAAAGAAUUGCUUAAAAAUACACAGUUAAACAUAAAAUGUUUUGGAACUAAAGAAAUAUUUAAAACUUUGUAUGAAUGCUGUGGUAUAUCUGCAACUUGUAAGUUUCUGGAUCCAAAAGUAGCAUCCUGGUUAUAUGAGGGUACAGUUUAUGACAAAAAUUUUAAUGAAAUGGUAAAAGAAUAUUUUCCACAAGGGUGCUUCAUAACAAAACGAAUAGGUGCUUGUUCUGACACAGGACCUGGAUUAAAUAUUAAAAGUUCAAUACCAGGAGAAUUCAGAGCAGCUGCAGAAGCUGUGCUUACAUAUUAUAUGACAGAUACUCUUUUGGAGAAAUUAGAACAAUUAAGUCCAACAUUACUAUAUACAUUCAAAGAUAUUGAAAUGAAAACAGUGACUAUACUAGCUUGCAUGGAAUUAACUGGUUUUGGCGUAUCUUUAAAGUCAUUACAGGAUUUGUCUUCUAUUAUUCGUGAAGAAAUGGAAUCCUUACAAAAAAGAGCAUAUACAUUGUCUGGUAAAAAGUUCAAUUUUUCUUCAUCAAAAGAAGUUGCAGAGAUUUUAGGUUUAUAUAAAGGCAAAAAAGCUAGCGUUAACAAAGCUGUAUUAGAACAAUCUGAUCAUCCAGUAUCCAGUUUAAUUAUGUCAUGGCGUAAAUUAAGUACAACUCAAUCUAAAAUUAUAUACCCAAUAUUAUAUUUGGCUCAACAUAGUUCUCGCAUUCAUAGUAACUGUGUUACAUGUACAUUAACGGGUAGAGUUUCAAUGCAUGAACCAAAUUUGCAAAACGUGCCAAAGGAUUUUACUUCUGAAGACAAUAGCUUUAUAAUAAGCGUUCGAAUGGCGUUUGUACCAGCUAUAGGUAAUAUUAUGUUGUCAGCAGACUACCGUCAACUUGAAUUGAGAAUAUUGGCUCACUUUUCAAAAGAUGCGAUAUUAUGUGACAUUAUGCGGAAACCGGGUGAUAUUUUUAAAAACAUUGCAGCAAAAUGGAAUCAGGUGUCCGAAGACCAAGUCGACGAUAAAAUGCGUCAGCAUACAAAGCAAUUGUGCUAUGGAAUGAUCUAUGGCAUGGGAGUAAAAACUCUGGCUGAAAAUUUGUCCGUAAAUGAGGUUAAAGCCAAAGAAUUUUUAGAAUCUUUCAUGAACGCAUACCCAGGUAUAUCUAAAUGGCUGAGCAGUGUGUUGGAGGAAGCACAUAUAAAUGGAUAUGUAACAACUAUAUUAGAAAGACGAAGAAUACUUCCAGGACUGAAUAGCACAAAUUCAGCAGAAAAAUCACAAGCAGAACGUCAAGCUGUAAACACUAAAGUUCAAGGUUCUGCAGCAGAUAUUGCUAAAAAAGCGAUGGUAAAUAUCGAAGAAAGAAUACGAUUUGAAUUUCCAACUGCAGCAAGUGUUAUGCCUGCUAUUUAUCCUACACGUAAUUUAAGAAGUAACAGCAGAGAAGCACAACAAAGAGGUGCCUAUUUGGUACUACAACUUCACGAUGAACUAUUGUACGAGGUAAAUAUAAAUGACUUAAAAGAAGUUGCAACAAUAGUAAAAGAAUCAAUGGAGCAUGUAUGUCAACUUGCAGUACCAUUACCCGUAAAGCUCAGAGUUGGUCCUGCAUGGGGGGAUCUAUCCGAAUAUACUUUUUAAUGAUGAUCUUUU